UUUGCCGAUCUCCGACUGAAAAUUCUCCAUGGAUUUAAAGCUCUCGAAAUCGCAGAUCUUGAACGACCCUGCAGUUGCGCGGCGCGUGUUCUUCCGCGUCUUUCUAUUCGCCUCCGCCGUCUCCAUCAUUCCGAUCGUCCACAUUCUCACCACUUACGAUUUCAGAAACUUCCAUUUGCCCCAAUCCCAAGGCUGCUACGCCGCCGGCGGCCAAACCCUAAAAAACUCCGAUCAGCCCCCCCGGGGGUCCUAUCUGUUCCAGGGCCAUUUCCUGAACCCCGUCUGGGAUUCUUUCGAUUCCGUCCAUUGCCAAGAAAAUGUGAAUCUCACGAUCUCGGCGAUCAAGUUGCUGGUGGAUGAGAAGCAUUUGUUCAACCACAGCGCGAAGGCUCUGUUCGUUGGGGGGAGUUCGUCCUCCGCCGUGUCGGCGAUGAGGGAUCUGGGGUUUUCCGGUGCCGUCGGCGUCGAUAAGGGGCGGGUUCUCUCGCUGAAGCGGAAGGAGUUUGGGUAUAGACUCGAUUACGCCAAUGGGUCCUUCGAUUUCGUUAUGUUCAGGGGAAAAUUUAAGGUCUCUGUUCCUGAUUUGGUGGUGGGCGAGAUUGAGCGCGUUCUUAACUCCGGCGGAAUUGGGGCGGUUGUUUCCGGCAUCAGUGCUCCGGCCGCCCGAGUGGGGAGCUUACUGAAAUCUUCCUGUGUUGUACAUUCGGGCCGUGUAAAUAACUUCUAUAUGACUGUGUUCAAGAAGGAAUUUCAAAACGGUGGCUGCUCGGGAAACAGAACUCUGCUGGAGAAUUAUUGAAGGGAUUAAAGGAAAGAAAGAAGAGCGAUGGGAUUUGUCUGCAGAAAUCUGGGUUGUUUUCUGCAGUUACCACAACUAAUUUUGUUGCAGUGUUGUCAAUAUGAUGUUGAAACGAAACCGGGCUUUGAAGAAUGAAUUAUUUUGAUGUAAUAAUAAAGAAGGUUGGUUGAUGAGAGGAGAAUUAGCAUGAUAUGAAGCUCAAAAGCUUGUUGGGUGGAGGCUAUGGCGGAUGUGAGAGCUAAGAGCAGAGCAGUUCAAGUUGUGGUUGUGGGGAAGACUGAUGAAUCAUGGGAAACCCACAAGAUCCUUUUUUUUUUUUUUUCAAAUUGUUUUUUGUUUAAUUUCUUGUGAGGUUUCAGGUGAUGAAAGUUGUUGUUGUGCUCUUCGUACUGUUUUAUAUGGAAUAGUUUUUACCAAGAUGUGUACUCCAAAUAUAUAUAUAUAUGUA